CAUGUUGGUAAGAAAAAGGAGAUAGCUAUGGAAUCAAGUGACAAGGUUCAUUGAACCAGUGCUAUUUUUGGCAGAUCACACCUGUACAUGCGACCGUAAACAUCUCGUCUGCAACACGCAUCAUUUCAUUUCCCGGAUGAGAGAAAAAACGCAGCUGUCUAAGAUUAGGAGAAAUUCACUCACCACUGGGCAAAAAUAUGGACAUGGCCGAUGGUGGGGGCCAAGGCCAACUCCGCACAUCCAUCCACCGUAUUCGCGCGCUCCAAAUAGCCAUCAUCGCCCUUCUCCUGACCAAAUCCAAUUGUUCCCCUUGAUCCCGGCGCCGGAAGCUCCAAAUUUAAUAAGCCGUUGAGCGGCAAUGGCGAGGACGGCGGCCUCCGACGACGACGACGAUGGCCCGCCCACCUACACCAUGGCCCGCGGGAACCGCCGUGACCCCCGGCUCAAGGACCUGGGCAUCUCCUGCAUGCUCAACACCGAGGUGGCCGCGCUCCUGGCCGUCAUCCGCCGCCGCCCGGACCCGUACUCUUACCUGCCUCCGGCGGUGGCGGCCGCCGAGGAGGCCGUGUUCGCGGGGCUCAUCCAGUCCCUCAAGAACCUCCGCGCGCUGCUCUUCCAGCCGCGGCACGGCGCGUGGCGCUGCUCCGACCCGUCCAUGUACCUGACGCCGUUCCUGGACGUGGUGCAGAGCGAGGAGGUGCCCCCCGCGGCCACGGGCGUCGCGCUCUCCUCCGUGCUCAAGAUCCUCCGGAUCGACGUCUUCGACGAGUGCUCCCCGGGCGCACGCGACGCGAUCCAGGCCAUCCUGACCGCGGUCACAAACUGCCGCAUCGAGCGCAUCGCGGACUCGGGCGCCGAGGAGGCCGUGCUGCUCCGGGUGCUGCAGGUGCUGGCCGCCCUGCUCCGCGCCCGCGCCGCGCCGCUCCUCGCCGACAGCGCCGUGUGCACCGCCGUCAACACGUGCUUCCAGGUGGUGCAGCACGCCGCCAGCAGCAGGGGCAGCGAGCUCCUCCAGCGCACGGCGCGGCACUGCAUGCACGAGAUCCUGCAGGCCGUCUUCUCGCGCCUGCCGGACAUCCGGGACGACGCGGCCGACGACGAUGCGGCCGUCACCUCUGGGGCCGGCUUCGGCUCCCGGUGCAUGGUUGAUGUCUUCAACUUCCUCUGCUCGCUGCUGCUCAACGCGACCGACAUGGUCAUGACGCCCGAGGGCCACGGCGCGUUCACCUCAGAGGAGGACGUGCAGCUCUUCGCCCUCGUGCUCCUCAACUCGGCCGUCGAGCUCGGCGGCGAGGCCAUCGGAAAGCAUCCCAAGCUCUUGCGCCUCAUCCAAGAUGACCUCUUCUACCACUUGAUCCACUUUGCCACGGAGUGCAGCCCGCUGGUGCUCUCCAUGAUCUGCAGCACAGUUCUCAACCUCUACAACUUCUUGCGCCGGUUCCUCAAGCUGCAGCUGGAAGCCUUCUUCAUGUUCGUGAUACUUCGAGUUGGGAGCGGCGCAAGCGGGCUGCAGCUGCAGGAGGUGGCGAUCGAGGGGCUCAUUAGCUUCUGCCGGCAGCCAACCUUUGUGAUCGAGAUGUACGUCAACUACGACUGCGACCCGCUGCUGCGCAAUGUGUACGAAGAGGUCGGCAAGCUGCUGUGCAAGGCGGCGUACCCACUGUCGAACCCGAUGACCACCGUUCAGCUCCAGGCGUUCGAGGGCCUGGUCAACAUGAUCACCACCAUCGCUGACAACGUGGAGGUCGAGAAGGCCCCCGAUCAGGCAGCGUACAACGUGGAAAUCUCGGAGUACCGGUUGUUCUGGUUGGAGCGGUGGGAGACCGGCGAAGAUCACGGCCACGAGACCUGGGUCGACUUCGUGCGAAAGCGCAAGCUCAAGAAGAAGAAGGUGGCCAUCGCCGCCAACCACUACAACCGCGACGAGAAGAAGGGCGUCGAGUUCCUCAAGCUCUGCUACCUGGUGCCCACGCCGCCGGAGCCCAAGAGCAUGGCCUACUUCCUGCGCUACUCGCCGGGCCUCGACAAGGUCAAGAUCGGGGAGUACCUCGGUGACCCGGACGAGUUCAACCUCCAGGUGCUCAAGGAGUUCACCGAGACAUUCGACUUCACCGGCUCCAUACUCGACACCGCACUCCGCACAUACCUGGAGACGUUCCGGCUGCCGGGGGAGUCGCAGAAGAUACAGCGCGUCCUCGAGCACUUCUCGGAGCGGUUCUUCGACCAGCAAACGGCAGGGGUCUUCGCGACAAAGGACGCGGCGUUCAUCCUCUGCUACUCCGUCAUCAUGCUCAACACCGACCUGCACAACCCUCAAGUCAAGAAGAAAAUGUCAGAAGACGACUUCAUCAGGAACAACCGCGCCAUCAACUCCGGCAAGGACCUGCCCAGGGAGUACCUGUCCGAGCUCUUCCACUCCAUCGCGUCCAACGCCAUCACCAUGUUCAGCCAGAGCGUCACCAGCAUUGAGAUGACCACUAGCCGUUGGGGGGACCUCGUCAACCGAUCACGCAGCAUCGAGCCGUUCACUCCUUGCGACUUCAAGCACAAGCUCAGUCGAGAGGUGUUCAUUGCUGUCUCCGGGCCGGCUGUCUCGACGUUGGCUGCCAUAUUCGACUACACAGACGACGAGGAAACCCUGAACCAGUGCGUGGAGGGAUUGAUCUCCGUGGCACGCAUUGCAAGGUACGGGCUGGACGACGUGCUCGAUGAGCUCCUCUGCUGUCUCUGCAAGUUCACGACGCUGCUAAACCCCUACUCCACCACGGAGGAGACGCUCUUCACUUUCAGCAAUGAGCUCAAGCCGAGGAUGUCGACAUUGGCCCUCUUCACCAUCGCCAAUCGGUUUGGCGAGUCGGUGCGCGGCGCAUGGAAGAACAUCGUCGACUGCCUGCUCAAGCUCAAGCGGCUCAAGCUGCUACCCCAGUCAGUGAUCGAAGCGGACGGCAGUGUGUCCAGCAACUCGGAUCGUUUAAGCCAUCGCCCCAAGUCAGAGUUGGGAGUCAUUUUCCCCUCGUCGCACCGUGGUGCCGGGACGAGCCGACAUGUGUCUGGCAUGAUUGGUCGUUUCUCACAGUUCCUGUCUCUUGACAAUACCACUGAGUCACUAUUGUCUGUUGGCAGCGAGUUUGAAAACAACCUCAAGAUUAUCCAGCAAUGCCGGAUCGGAAGCAUCUUCACGGACAGUGGGAAGCUGCCCGACGAGUCGCUGCAGAACCUUGGCCGGGCGCUCAUCUUUGCAGCUGGAGGCAAGGGCCAGAAAUUCAGCACCCCAAUUGAGGAGGAGGAGACCGUGGGCUUCUGCUGGGAUCUCAUACUGCUUGUCUCCUCGGCGAACCUUCAUCGCUUCUCGUCGCUCUGGCCGCAUAUGCACGACUGUUUCAUGGCCGUGUCCCAGCUGCCUCUCUUCUCGCCGUGCCCUUUCGCCGAGAAGGCAAUCGUGGCGCUCUUCAAGAUUGCUGUGAAGCUACUCCCUGGACAGCCCAACCCUGACCGCGUGGCCGAGGAGCUCGUAUGCAAGUCUAUCAACCUGAUGUGGAAGCUGGACAAGGAGAUCCUCGACACAUGCUGUGAGGGGAUCUCGGAGUGCAUUGUCAAGCUGAUCAUGGAUCACGCCGGGAGUGUGCAGACGCCGAUCGGGUGGAAGACACUGCUACAUCUGCUCUCGGUCACUGGCCGCCACCCGGAGACCUUCGACCAGUCCGUCGCCGCGCUCAUCAAGCUAAUGAGCGACGGGGCACAUAUCAAUCGGUUCAACUACGCCGCCUGCAUCGAGGCCGCGUUUGGGUUCGCCGCCCUCAAGAUCAGCCCCCUCGAGAUUAGCACCAAGAUCCUGGAGCUGAUGGCGGACUCCGUGAAGUGGCUGAUACAGUGGAACAAGUCCGGGUACUCUGAUCCGGGGAGCACCAACAGCAGCAACAGCUCGUCGUGGGCAGAGGACGCGUCGCGCAUGGGCAACCUGGCGACCAGCAUGUUCAUCAAGCUGGCGGAGGCGCUGCGCAAGACGAGCCUGGUGCGGCGGGAGGAGAUACGCAACCAGGCCGUGGCAGACCUCAGCCGGGGGUUCGCGAUCGCCGCCGCGGGGGACUUGGACUUGGGGCCGGCAGGCUGCCUGGCGUGCUUCAACCUCGUUAUCUUUGCCAUGGUGGACGACCUGCACGAGAAGACGCUGGAGUACUCCCGUCGAGAGGGCGCGGAGCGUGAGACGCGGAGUAUGGAGGGCACGCUGGCCGCGGCGACCCAGCUGCUGGCCGACGUGUUCGUGCUGUUCCUGGGGACGCUGGCGCAGGGGCCGGGCUUCCGGACCUUCUGGCUCGGCGUGCUGCGGCGGAUGGACACGUGCAUCAAGUCCGACCUCGCGGCCGGCGGCGGUCUCGGCGUGAUGCAGGAGCUGGUGCCGCGGAUGCUCAAGAGGAUGAUCGUCGAGAUGAAGGACAAGGAGGUGCUGGUGCAGAGAGACGGAGAUGAGCUCUGGGAGAUCACCCACAUUCAGAUCCAGUGGAUCGCACCUGCUGUCAAGGAAGAGCUGUUCCCCGAGUAGUUAACAAGUUCAGUUCAGAAUGGGUGAGAUCAAACACAGAAUAAUUAUGUCUGAAAGAUCAGGGAAAUUAGCGUCACACUUUCUAGGGCUGUAUUACCUGUAAAGGUUGCCGUAUAUAGUUUUCCAGUUAAGUAAUUUUCCUUUUGGUGGAUCUUCUGCACCUACCCGAUUUUUUGGUGCCAUUACAA